UGGCUUACUUAUAAAUCCUUAGAUAAAUCUUUAAAGUCUAAUUUUUACACAUUGUGUCUUUUAUACUGAAAUUAUAAUCUACUACCUAUGUAAAUGCAUUGACCAAAGUUUUGUAAGUCUUUGUCAACAUUAUCCCUAUCUAGGCGCAAUUGAAAAUACUGGAUAGAGGAUCUAUGCGCAUAGAGGAUCUACAACAUCUUAUCGAAAGUACAUGCUAAUUACAAAAAGACCACAAAAGAUACAUGACCUAUUGACAAUCAAUGUUAACGUGAUAGAACAAGUAGAAAAAUAUCAGUACUUGGGAACUUUGAUCAAUGAAACCAAUGAUCAUACUGUAGAAAUAAAUAGGCGAAUGGAGAUUGUCAGAUCAGCAUUUAUACGAACGAAGCCACUCCUAACGUGCAAAAAUCUAAAUUUGGAGAUCAGACUACGUACCAUUCGCUGUUAUAUAUUUUUAAUAUUAUUUUAUGGAGCUGAGACUUGGAUAUUAAAAAAAUGCAAUUUAAAAAGAAUCGAGGCUUUCGAACUCUGGUUAUACUGCAGAGUAAUAAAAAUAUUAUGGACUGAUAAAAUUACAAAUAAAGAAGUACAGGAGAGGUUUGGUAAAGAAACAGAACAAAUCACCACUAUACAAACCAGAAAACUGGAAUACCUAGGCCACGUGAUGAGGGGUCCAAAAUAUGAAAUUUUGAGACUCGUAAUACAG